AUGACUCCCGACUUUAUUUCCAAUUCCCGACUGUACAUUGGAGAACAGGACUAUAGGAGGGUCAUCAGAACGUUCUGCACAAACUUGCGAGACUUUUCCCCGGAAGAGAAUUGUUAUGACAUUGUGUGGGUGCAGUGGGUGUCCGGCCACUUGCUAAGAAGGGAUUUCGUCCGCUUUCUCAGGAGAAUAAAACGAGGGUUGCGAGUGGAGUGCGGGACUGUCUCGGGGAGUGGAGUGGUCAUUGUGAAGGACAACACUGCCGGACUGGACUACACUGACGACUGCUUCCUCGAAGAGGACAACUCGGCUAUUCGUUCUUUCAACACGUUCUGUGACAUUUUCCAGGAAGCAGGACUCACUCUGCUCAACUACGAAUUCGAGAAAGCAUUUCCCAAGGAAUUGUUCGACGUUGUCACUUUCGCUCUCACUUGCUAA